UAGCGCCUAGGCUAGACAGCAUAUUUGUAGGUCGAAAUGAAAAAACUAGACAGAACCAUAUAAAUAUGCAUGUUUCUCAAUGCCGCGCUUAGGAACAGGAAGAUAGACCUACAACUACUAAAUUAUUAAAUCACUGUCAAUAGAGCUUGUGGCUUGAAGGCCGUUUAAAAAAGAGUUCGGGUACCAGUCUGGCUAGAAACGGACCACGCUGUGUUAACUUAUAACCUUGAGAUUAGCAAAUAUUUUGUACAGGUCUUAUUUUAUUAUAUUAUAAUGGAUUAUAGAUAGCUCAUUGGAUAAAAAAUACAGCGCCCGCGUGCCGAAUCAAGGUCUGUGUGUGUCUGUGUCUGAUGUGCUGUGCCUCGGCCUAAUCUUUUUGUUCUUUUUUAAAAUAUUUAAAUCCUAUGCACUUUUAUUUCUUUUUGCAGAGACUGGUUGUGAGUUCUAACUGACAACACUAGCGAAGCAAGCAUAUUAUUAUUACCUACGCGUGUCUACGUAGUAGUCCGAAAUUUUCGUGCGAUCUGUCUAACCCCGGUUUCCUAGUGCGUUAUGUGCUCAAUAACUUCUUUCCGACUCAUUGAGUUGUUCUUGCCGGGUCGCCAGACCAGUUAGGGUCGCUUCUAGAAACUAAGAAAUUAACAUAUUUUCAAAUUAAAAACUCAUUUAAAUGAUACAAAAUAUUCAGCUUGGAUUAUUUUUAAAAUAAGUAUUGCGGUUGAUGGUGAAAUAGUCAAAUAAUUUUACAGUUAUAAAAAUCAAUAUCGUGAAAUAAAAUGCAAUAUACAAAAGGGCUAUAACAUUUACGGCACACGCAAGAGUGAACCUAAUAACUUCAACAAAUAAGUCAAAUAACUACAAACUGGAUUAUUUCCACUGAUCCCGCGACUUACUUGUGAUAAACUACCUACUUACUCUUUCUGACAUGAAUUAUCGCAAGCAAACACAACCUGCAAGUACCUACAUAGAAAUAAAUCAGAACACCGCCUCAGUACGACGUAGCAAGUGAAGCCCCCGCCACUGGCUGGAAAGUGUCCUCUAUCCAGGAAAUUUUUAUUUGCGCUCGAUAAGAUAUCGAUAAUAAAUUGAUACAUGCGAGGUUGGAUUUUUAAUUGUUAACAGUAGUAUAUGGUGCGCUCUGUGUGUUGACACGCCGAUAACUCCGUUUGUUUACGACUGGUUACUGCGCCUGCGACGACGGCGGUAUAAUCUUCCAUAUUCCGAAGUGAACUUAACCGAGCGACUGCGACCGAAGCAGAGUGAUCUCCGAACAUGGAUAGAGAGUGCGACGAUGCCGACGAGAGUACGCAACUGCUGAGUGACUCGGAUCGUGAAAGGACUAACAGUGAGUCGGAACUGAACAGUGCGGCCGGCUGCGAGGCCGGCUCUCGGGAAACAAUAGUGUUUAACAGUAAAAUGAUGAAGACUUCGACUCAAACGGAGGACCUGGCGGCGACGUGGGGCGGGCGCCGCUCGCUGCCCGAGUCGGGCCGGCUGCGGCGCGUACACUCCUGGUCGGGGGGACCGCCCGACGACAUCAGCUCAGAGAUCAGAAUACUAAGAGAAAGGUUGGUACGCACGCAGACGCGGCUGCAGCCGGGCGCAGUGCGGCACCUGUCGAGCCGGCAGCGCCUGACGCUGGCCUCGCUGGCGCUGGUCGACUUCAUGAGCUUCUGCUCCAUGAGUGUGAUGGCACCCUUCUUCCCCCGCGAGGCCGCUGUCAAAGGCCUCUCCGAAACCAUGUGCGGAAUUGUGUUCAGUUUCUACGCAAUCGUCAUGUUCCUUACCUCGCCUUUAUUCGGAAAAUUUUUGCCGAUGGUCGGAGCAAAGUUCCUGUUUACAGCCGGUAUGUUUGUCGCAGGCGCUUGCAAUGUACUGUUUGGGACUUUAGCUUUAAUAGAAGACACGGCAACAUUCACUACGCUGUGCUUCGUGGUGCGAGGUCUGGAGGCGCUCGGAGCCAGCGCGUACUCCACCGCGAGCUACGUGUUCGUGGUGAACGCCUUCCCUGACAGCAUCGGCUCCGUGCUGGGCAUCCUCGAGACUUUCAUAGGUCUCGGUAUGUCUGUCGGACCAGCUAUUGGAGGUCUUUUGUACUCGAUCGGGGGCUUCGGGUUACCUUUUUACACUCUUGGCGUUAUCAUGGUGUUGACUGUGCCCAUCAACUUCUUCCUGCUUACUGACUGCGAAGAAUAUGUUUCGGGCUCAAAAACAGCGUCCAUUAUCGGGUUGUUCAAAAUCCCAUCGAUAAUAAUAACGGGUUUGGUGAUAGUGAUCGUCUCCAACACCUGGGCCUUCCUGGAUCCCACGCUAGAGCCUCACCUGCGCCAGUUCGGCCUCUCCACCGAACAAAUAGGCCUGAUAUUCCUGUUGUUCUCCAGUCUCUACGGAAUUUUCAGCCCCAUUUGGGGGUGGGUCGCUGAUCGGGUUCACAACCACUGGUGUAUGAUGGUAUGGGGACUGUUCCUGUCAAGCGCUGGUCUGCUGCUGCUCGGACCCUGCCCAUUUAUUCCAGGAUUACCAAGGGAUCUGUGGUUGGACUUAGUGGCGUUGUCAAUACUUGGUAUGUCUGUUGCGUUGACAUUGCUGCCCACUUUCCAAGGAGUACUGACUAGUUCCAUUUACGAGGGCGGCUGCCCGGAGGCGCUGGCGACGUACAGCGCGGUGGCGGGCGUGUGGUCGUGCUGCUACUCGCUGGGCGAGGUGCUGGGGCCCGCGCUGGGCGGCGCGCUCACCGAGCGCUACGGGUUCCCGCUCUGCGCCACGCUCUGCGCUGCGGCGUGCUUCACUAUGGCGGUGGUAACGCUGACGUUCUUCUCCCUGCGCGAGUCCCGCAAGUGCGCGGUGUCUGCGAGCAGCGCGUGCGACUCCAUCCCCUACACGGACUCCACGUGGAACAGCAACAACUUCUGCCGCACGCGCAGCGCGCCGCUCACACUCGUCGAGCAUUCGCCGCUGCUCACACCCUGCUCGUGCUCCAAUGCUCAGGGUUUCACAUACGGCACUUCACCGCCAAAGCAUUUCUGUCUGCUGCACAAUAAAGGGCACAAGAGUGGUUACGCGAGCGUCGCCGAGUUCGCCGCCUACAUACUCAAGUUCCAGUUUGUCACCAGUUUUUAUAUCAAAAUUAGGAAAUCAAGAAGCAAGUCAGCUGCCGCAAACGUCGCGCCGGUGCUCAAUGAGGAGUUGUAUCAGAAUUACCUCGAAAAAGACAGCGACGAUACGGGUUUGAAGCGAAGGAACUCGUCCAACGAAUAUAUUAAUGUUAAUAAUAAUAACGAGGCUGAGAAGAGAGGGGACAAGUACUGUGUGUUCUUGGAGGACGCGAUAUUCGGGAGUCCGGACGUGAUGAGGAAUGUGACGACGGAGCACUUGCGCGUGAAGGGCAACAACAAGGGGCUGGUGGCGCGCGCGCUGCGCUGUCACCAGGAGAGGAGCACCACCUACGAGAUCAUACGACACAACAUCGAGAAGGUCCAGUUUUAUGAACAGGACGAGUGCCCGUCCUUCGAAGACAUAUUUGAUAGUUGCGCCUGCAGAGAUGGCGUCACCUACGUAAGAGGCACAGUAACCGUCUCCUCCACUGGGGCCUGUGAAGUUUAGAAAAUGUUCUCAAUGCGUGCUAAAUAUACUCAAUUAUAAUAUUUGUUAGUUUUAAUUACCAGUUUUACCAAAUAAACCAACAUGAUUCAACAAAUAA